AGUCGUUCGCGGCCGCCGCGAAUCGCAAUCUCUUUCUACAUCCAUCGAGCAAAUCCUGGCUCGCGGAGACGAUCAUCGGCGCUGACGAGACACGUUCCCCCAUCACCACGUAUUUUCAUUCGUACCCGUUCGUCCCGGGUGGUGCGGUGCCCCUGCCCCCGCCUCUGCUGAACGGCAUUAACAACCCGGCGGCAGCAGCGAUCACCCCGGGGCUGGUAGGACAUCUCUUUGGUGCUCAGCAGGCCUGCAACCUCGCCUGCACUUGCUCUUGCAACAUCGUUGCUAACUGCAACCCCCACCAUCAUCAACACCACCAUCAGCAGCAACACCAGCAGCAGCAGCAGCAGCAACAGCAGCAGCAGCAGCAGCAUCAGCAUCACAGGACACUCGGUACCACGGCGGUCCUGCUGCAACCAGUUGAUCAUAUCAAAGACACUAUGGUGAGUGUCCAGGAAUUCCAGUACGCACGCGGGACGGGCGCGUCCCUGACGAUGAGGGGUAGUGACGAGCUUCUAUCGCAAAGCGGGGCAGUCAGCAAUGGUGCUUCAAUGAGUCCGCAACCUCAUCACGCAGCCGACAACAACAAUGACGCCAAGAAGGUUAAGCUCGACAAGAGUCACAGCGGCAAACCUUCCAGAGUCAUUCAUAUCAGGAACAUACCUAACGAGGUGACAGAGGCAGAGAUCAUCCAUCUAGGUCUGCCGUUCGGUCGUGUUACCAAUGUACUUGUUCUCAAGGGCAAGAAUCAGGCAUUUCUUGAAAUGGGGGACGAGAAUGCUGCGGCGACCAUGGUGAACUAUUACGCUACCGGCGUGGCUCAACUCAGAGGCAGAGCAGUCUACGUGCAGUUCAGCAAUCACCGUGAACUCAAGACGGAUCAAACGCACUCCAACAACGCGGUCAGUAGCCCAACAAAUGAUGUCGCCAACACCUCUGAGAAUUCGAACAACCAGGUCGCCAUCGCUGGACAAAAUCAGGUGUCCGGGCCUGGCGAGACUCAGGGGGGACCCAACACCGUACUUCGAGUCAUCGUGGAGCACCUGCUCUAUCCGAUCACUCUCGACAUACUCUAUCAGAUCUUCACACGCUAUGGCAAGGUUCUGAAGAUCGUCACCUUCACAAAGAACAGCUCCUUCCAGGCACUAAUACAGUACGCGGACAUGCUGUCGGCGCAGACCGCUAAAUUCUCGCUCGACGGGCAGAAUGUCUACAACUCUUGCUGCACGCUGCGCAUCGACUACAGCAAGAUGCAAAAUCUGAACGUUAAGUACAAUAACGACAAGUCUCGGGAUUACACUAAUCCGAAUCUUCCGACCGGUGACGCCAGUCUGGAUGCGGCAUCGCUCGCUCUUGGCGGCGAAUUGCUGCUCAUGGGUGCCGGUUCCCAACCGCGUGCCAGAAUACCCGAGUCCAUUGCAGGGGCACCGGGUGUGCUGCCCACGCCCUUUGCGAUGCACGGUCUCGCUUCGCCCUUGGCCGGGCCUUACAACGGCGUACCUCCAGCCGGCGGACUUGCCGGCCUCGGCGGAUUCCCUCUCGGCGCGGCUGGUCUAGGUGUCCGGGUCCAAGGAAGCGCGCAAGCAUCGGCCGUGCUGCUCGUCAGCAAUCUCAACGAGGAGAUGGUCACGCCUGACGCUCUCUUUACCCUGUUUGGCGUUUACGGGGAUGUACAGCGUGUGAAGAUCCUCUACAACAAGAAAGACUCGGCACUAAUACAGAUGGCCGAACCUCAUCAGGCGCUUUUAGCGCUAACCCAUAUGGACAAGUUAAGAGUGUUUGGAAAGCAAAUCAAAGUAAUGCUCAGCAAACACCAAACGGUUCAAUUGCCAAAAGAAGGUCAGCCAGACGCGGGCCUCACGAAAGAUUACACCAACAGCACCCUUCAUCGAUUCAAGAAACCUGGCUCGAAAAACUAUCAGAACAUCUAUCCGCCGAGCUCGACCCUGCAUUUAUCAAACAUUCCGGCUACGGUAGCGGAGGAAGAGAUCAAGGAUGCUUUCACCAAGAACGGCUUCACCGUGAAAGCUUUCAAGUUCUUCCCGAAGGACAGGAAGAUGGCUCUCAUACAAAUGCCUAACAUGGACGAUGCCGUGGCUGCGCUGAUCAAAAUGCACAACUAUCAGCUUAGCGAGUCCAACCACCUCAGAGUGUCGUUCUCCAAGAGCAACAUCUAACAAGAAUCGCCACCGCACGAGCAGCAAUGGUACCAGCCAUACGCCCUAGUUCCCCUUUGGUCACCCGCUUCGGUCUAUGACUGAUGGUCACGUAGUUGGAUCCACUCAGGUGCUCGUCCGUUCCUGCGAGAGUCGCUACGCUGUUGCUGGCCUGCACUGCGCGUGUAACCCAUGCGAGACUGCGUCGUACUCAGACUUUGAAGCAGCACAAGUGGACAGGAGCUACCUCGUCCGAGCGAGCUUAGGAUGUUUUCGAGGCCUUGCCCUUGUUGUUGAGACGUACUAUAUGGCACGCACUUAUUUUCGCAUCCGGUUGAUUUUGACGAUUUGAAGGGUGUUGCUAGGGUGUUUCGAGAUGUACCAGGGCUGCAAGCGCUCAAAUUAAACGAUAAAGAGGCAAAUUCGCGACGGCCUUCUCGAAGGUAGUUUCCGGUGCUGGCUUUCGAGCGUAUUAACGCGACAGUUUCAUAAUUUUAGAAAUAUGUGAGGAAUUUAGAAACAGACAAGGAUCGCGGGAAAGGAAAGGAGAGAGAAAGAGAGAGAAAGAGAAUAACGUGAUUAUUCUUAUGAAAGCCAGGACCGUCACAGGAAGAGAGAAACACAAAGAGAGAAAGUGAGAAAGAGAGAGAGAUAUGCAAAAUAAAACAAAGAGCCUAGCAGCCGGGCAUACAUAGAGAAAGCAUGUGUAAGAGAGGGAAGAGAGAUUAGGAUUAGACGGGAGCGAGGAAACAGCACAGUGGCGAACAGUCCUCGACUCUUGUACAGAGUUAACGCUAGGAAAGAUAAGAUAUAUUAUUAUACAUGUAAAAUUCAUGAUCGCGCGGCCCAAACCGCUACAGUGAUUACGGUUAAGAAUUUUUCAAAGUUACGUGGACACAAGGGCGACCAUCUCGCGAUAAGCGCGCGCGACGGCGUCCGUAUAUCACAGUUCGGAAGUAGGUCUCCGUCGUCAACGUGCUCGUUCGACGAGCGGAUUCGAGGAGAAAAACCAAGUGGGAACAAAUGGACCGCGAGGUAUCUCAAGACGAUCGUCGUACGUUCACGCGUGACGCGACGGCCGACUACCGUGAACCAGCAGCGUUUACCACGAGACAAUCUUCAUUCUUCUGACGACCAAACACACAUGCGACCGAGCGUACUUCUUCGUGGCUUCCGUUCCGUUUCGAGGGCGAGACAUACGAUCGACGAGGCUGACCGAUCGAGUACGACGGGAACGACGUGUUUUAAUUGACCGGGUAUCUAAAUAAGAGAAAAUGGCCAAUGUCACGGGACCUUUUGCAUGCUUACACGAGGUACUACUACUUCGCCGACGAACCGAUCGCCCUCGUUGAUUUUACGUCGCGAGAUUGGCAGCGGCCAAAAUUGGAGAGGAGAGUUGAAAACGGCGGAGCGCCGAAUCGGCCUUCAAAAUUCUUCCCGUAUCCGUUACUUAUCGCGAUUGGUUGAUCCGUUCGUAAGGCGGAAGCGAAGCAAUUAUCAAAGUCGUUCGUUGCGUGCUGAGAGCAAUCCUAAUUGGAAUAUGCUACUCCGAACGUAUCUGGCCCGCUCGAUCUAUGUUUUAUGUUUCUUCGCGGGGCGUAUUUCUCACUCCCGAAGGUACCUGCAGUAUUCUCGACUAUUCGGCGAAGUCGAACGCUUUUUAGGGGAAGAUCGAGCGGUGUCUGAACGUUCAAUGACCGAGGCGAGUUCUCCGCUCCGCAGACCCACGCGACGCGUUUGCGCGCGUCAUCAUACGGUCGUCACAGAUGGCAUUUUUAUAAUUUGUACGUUUCAGUUUGGAGAUAAGUAUUAUAACGCACUCGCACACGUAUCCGCGUCUUUACGAGACCGUACAAUUAUGCAGUUAUACGUACACAGACACAAGAAACACACACACACACACACACACACACACACACACUCAUGCACGCGCCGCGCGCGAAGAUAAAUAUUUCGACCGCCCUCUAAUUUAUACAUACACACGUACACAUACACACAAGUACAUACAGACGCAUAGAUACAACUGAAUGCGCGCAGAUUUCUUAGUUAGAAUAGAUGCUUAGGCAUGUGUUAGGAUCUUAAUCGUAUAGUAAGCGACUAGAUAAGUAAUUGACUAGGAGAGGAAGGAGUGAACCGUUGAACAUAUCGCUAAUUAAAAAGUUUGCAAUGUACGGGGCGCGCGCGGAAAGUUGGUGCCGGUCGUAGCGAAUCAACGAGUGGCACUCAGGAUACCUCGAGGAUGGUUCGUAUCGAUGGACAGUAUUCGAAGAAGAGAGAGGUACUAUCAUGUCUCUGUGCCAACGAUAGAUCCAUCGUUUGACGAGCUUUGAUCCACCCCAUCGAGAGAGUUCCUGAUAUCAAAGCAUUCCUUCAGUAGUCGGCGAUUGUAAGGGUUCCCCGUAAAUACAAGCAAACAUCUCGAGGAAGCAUCGCACAUAUGUAGAUUGGUAUUCGAGCAGGCGAAUCAUCGUUCGAUUAAACGAACCAUUUGCAACGUUGAGUUCUUGUUGGACAAAGCGUUGAAGAGAAAAGCAAAGUAAUAGAACACUAGAAUCGUAUUUACGGGGAUUUAGUAGAACUGUGCAAGAUCGAUUGGGGUGGUUUUCGAGGUGUCUGAGGUGUCCUCGUCGAGAAGCGCGAAACGGAAUUUAGAUCGGGCGUCGCGACGUUGAGAACAAUUGAUUUUGUUUCUGUUAAGAAUAAGAAUCCUGAAGUCCUUAAACGUAACGUGCCGCGCGCGCGCCGGCAAACCCCACGGGUUUCUGUCUAAUCGACGUUCUGUUGGAGUCAAUUAAAUUUUACUGAUAUAACAUAACUGAUCGUAGAGAGAAGUAGGAAAAGGAUUAGUGUGUGUUGGAAGGAGACUGUUAUGCAAAGGCGUAACUGAACGAGCGAGAGGGAGGGAGAGAAAGCGAGAGAGUAAUUGCGCGAGUGCGAGAGAAAGAGAGAAAUGGAGCGAAAGAGUUGUAUUCACGUUGAAUGUAGUGUCGCGCGACUUUGACGGAUAUUGAACUAUAUAAAAGGGUAGGAAAAGGAGUUUCUCCAAGCCGAGAACCGCGCAGCGACCUACAAGGCAGGGGGAAUGACGAAACUGUGAAAAAAAUAAAAUAAAAUAAAGCGAAUGCCGGCUCGGGCAUGAUGUGCUGUUUGUGCCAAAAUAGGCUAGCCGAUAAAACUCUAGAACGGGAUCUCUUGGUGAGCAGUGCGAAUGGGAUAUCCCUGUUCGAUCGCGUGGACGCCGAUCCCCGGGGGUUCUCCUCGUACGAUCGUAAACGUUUCCGCCGGGACCCCCUUCGAUCGGCGGUCUCGCCUUGAUCGAGUACCGACCAAUCAGCUAGUUGUUUAGAGACGUAACGAGUAGCCGGCAUGAGCGAAGGGGCCAGUCUUUGCAUCUAUGAUCUGUGUCUUUCGGACCUCUGAUACUACGUUAUUUACUUGGACUGCAUUUAUACAUUCUUAACCGGACACACGUUCCGAGCACCCGGACUGCAACGUCUGUCAACACGAGAAAUAUUCACGACACUUACACGCGCACAUACACAGACAUACACACGCAAUACAUAUUACUUAAGCAGUACACAAAAAUACACCUCCGCAAUCGCCCACGAAUGUACAUACAGAUUCCAGCGCACGAUCCAGUUUUUAUUUUACCGAAUAUAGUAGUUUCCUUCUCGUUUUAGGUGGCUCGCUUAAUUCGCUGUGUAUUGAUCUAGGAAUUCAAGAAGCGCUUCUCUUACACUACCUACUUUGUUUGUCUCAUUUGGAUCGUUUUUCGUGCGGUACCUUUAAAGUAUCUUGUAGCAGCCCGCGCGCUGACGUUUACACGUUCGUAUCUCCUCGAUUCUUAUCGCAUAUCGCGGAACAUAGCGUGAGAGUGCCACAAGGAGGGAGGAAAAAAAAGAGGAAGAAACUGUGCGGGAGAGCUUUCGUAUAAUCCCUACUUCCGGCACGAAUAUCGUCUAAGCGUACCUGAACAGCUCGCACAGAGAGUGUUACUCGAUUUCCCGAGCUAAUAUAUAUAUAUAUAUAUAUUAUUUAUUACGAUUUAUACAUACAUACGUAUAUAUACACAAACACGCGUGUAUCUUUUUCGCGAAUUGCCAACGUCGAGCACCCACCGUUCACGCCAGGUCGCUAAUUACAUUUUAUUGCUUGCCGGCCGUUUCUUAGCACAUUCCUGUUGACGCGUACAAUACGCAUCCGUACACACCAAUCCACACGGAACACACGAUACACGUGACGAUCCACGUAAGCUCACGCACCCAGCGUUUUGUCCCUGUCUUCGUUUUUUUCUCUCUCGUUUUUUCGAAUUUCUUGCCAUAGAGCCAUGUAAACCCGAACGUUACUUUUUUCUUUCUUUCCUUUUUUUCUUUCAUUAUUCACGCCACUCUAAUGGUGACAAUCAGCUCUUCUGCUCGCAAAAGGAGGAAUUCGGCGCAAGAUUCCUCCAAAGCGUUAUCGCCAAAAAUAACUCGUUUCGAUGAGCGGCACGAGCCGUUCUUUCCAAUGGACUUAUUAUUAGUAGAAAAACGUACCGGAAAACGGGGCAGCUAUGUACGGAACUAUAGAUAUCUACAGGGUGCCCGACGUUAAAUCGCACAUCUAUUCGGUUUACUCUGUCGCCGUUACGACACACGUUAGAUCGGCCUUCCUCCUUUCCGUUCGGACGGUCCUCGCGUGAGUGGCAAAAAUGAAAAGAAGAAAAAAAAAGUGAUGAGGAAGAGGAGGCACCCUGUAGACGGAUAGAUCGACUAUAUCACUAGCUGGGUUGAGGGGGGCCGAGGUGAGGGUUGGAGUAGCCAGCACUCGCUACAUGGUGUCGUAGAUUAUUCAGACUCCGAAAUUUCCCCAGACUCGUCGCGCGAAAAAUCGGCCGGUGGUAGUUUAAUGAGGAUUCACUUUCAUCCCUUCCGCGACGUAAACAUUUUCGCAUAUUCAAUAAGACCUUCGGUAAAGAAUGGUACUGCGGAUGAACGAUAUCGCGCGAAUCAACGGAGAACGCGACGGGAAUCUUCGCGUGAAAGAUAGACACAAUGCAUGGGUAAUAAUCAAAGAAGAAAUGAUUUCCAUCGAGUGAGGAUAUUUAGGAUAAAAUGAGCAUUAGGAUUCAGUCACAGUGACAGCGUUCAGUAGAAAAAAAACAGCUUUACAAUUGUUGUAAGAUUCUUUAAUAUGAUUGAUUUAUACAUUUAGCUCCAGUGAGAGGAACUAAGAGCAAAGUCAAUCAUUAAUUAAAGAAUUUUACAACGGUUGCAAAGCUGCUUUUUCUGCUGUACGUAACCAAUGAAAAGCACAGACAAUAGGAACAAGAAAUAAUAUACAGGUAAUAGAUUCCAACCUAUCAGAAACCUUCAAAGAAAAAACAAAAAAUAUUACCUCUUAUUCAGAAAAAAAACUUAUUCAAAGAGAAAGAAUUCGUUAUAACUUAAUGCAUCUUAAGGUAUUUGAAACAUUGGUCUAUCUAAAGUUAUAUAAAGUAAAAUUCUUAUUUAUUGAUGAUAUCGUUGCGGCCUCUCAAUCUGCGCAUUAAAAUCAUAUCGUUUCGCAUAAGAGUAUCUCGUUUAGCAUGUAAUACCAGCAACAGUGGCGUAACAAUGUAGUAUCAAUGCACAGCAAUUUCUGAUAGAUUGAAAUCUAUUGCCUGCGUUAUUCCCUAUUUCUGUUGCCUGCGUUUUUCAUUGUGUCUGAGUUCUUGACAUUUUCAUUAUCCUGACGCGAGUGUCUGUUUUCUGUCAAGCAAAAUUUUGCAUAUUGAAGAUCGCUCAGUUCAUUGAGGUCGUGAGGACACGGUAGAAAUCGGCAGCGCGGCGACGUCGGUGAGACAUCGCACUCGGACCAAGGAAAUUCGGGGUCUAGUAGAGAGCCACGUUAGUAGAAGCUUAGCCUACACACAGAGGGUAUCCACUAAUCCAUUUAUGUACGCGAAAUAUACAAACAGACAUAUAUACAAACACACGCUCCAGACGCGAGUCGUGCACAUAUACAUGCACACACAGACCCAAACACACACAUACAUUCACGGACUUAUAUCUAUUAUAUAUUUGAUAUAUCGCAUUGUAACAGGUGUGUCCUGUAAAAUGCGGCUACAAUCCGGAUAAUCUAUAUUUUAUUAAUAAGGGAUAAGUCUAUAUAUAGGGUUACUAACGUGUUACGGAUUAUCACAUAAAUUAGAGAAAAGAUUAAUCUAUAUAAAUAUAUAUAUAUAAAUAUAUAUUAUAUAAUGCGCGGCGGAAACUCAAGUACGUAGAACCGGCAAAAAACGGAGAAGGACACGUGACACACGCACAUACACACGCAACGUACAUACAAUACGCAACGUUAACGUGAUUGGAGGUGUGAAAUAUAAAAAAAUAUAUGUAUAUGAUGAGUUUUAAAUGACUAUAUCUGUGCUAUCUUAGGUAUAUCGUUGAGAAAAUUAUCAAGAAUAUGGUCUGCUUGCCUAAUCGGGGCCUUAGGCGUCGUUCAAAUCAAGAAAGGAACGGAUCUAAAACAUGACACGCGUGACGUCGAUGCAACAAGCCGACGGCGUCCCCGUUUUCUCGCGUCAAAUUCUUUUCCCGUUUCAAAGUUAGGGAACAUCGCGACUCGCGAGUGACCUCUUCUAGUAUUGGGAGAAUGAUUUAGAUGUUACGUGGUAACAGGCGGUCAGCAGUAAGAAAAUACUUUGAUGACACCCACAUAGUACGGAUCUCUAAGGAACAUCUAAAGACAUCCAGAAGACGAUCUACUUUCUAAGGACGUUCUCAGGAUGUCCCUCGGAAGUGUGCUAUGUGGGUAAACAUGCGCCAACAUACAUAACACGCACACACACAAACACACAUAUUACACUUUCACUUACAUGGAGAAACUCAGCUCGAAAAAUUAUAAUAAGUAUACAUUAGUUUAUCGCGAGAGGGGAGAAGCAUUUAAAAGACACACAGGGUCUCCAAAGUGCGGACAGUAAUAAAAAUCUUCGGGAUAGAGCGUCGACGGUAAUCCUUACAGAAAUCCAGUAUCGGUCAAUUUAAUAUUGAAAGAUAGUGAUUAAUUAUUUAUUUUGAGUAUUAGAAGCACUGAACACAAUAUUUUUAAUACUCAAAAUAAGUAGUUAAUUACUACCUUCCAGUUUUAAAUUUCUAUAAAGGAGUACAGUAGAUUGUAACCGACGGGUGUUUUACAUAAAGGAUUAGGAGGGUCGAGAUAACGAUCUGUUCAAAUGCCGACAUGAUGUAACAUUAAAAUAACCACAAUUGGAUGACACAAUCUGAAUAUCAAAAGAAGAAACUUGAUCUUUUGUAUCAAAACGCCAACAGUUCGUAUCUCCCUUGCUUGGAUAAGGCUGCUAUCCUUAGAUUCAGCUCUUCUAGAUUGGCACGUUGGUCGUUAUCUCGAUUCUUCGCGCGCGGAUGGGCGGAGGGAAUCCGAAUGCGAGGUUUCUUUUUCUGCAGGUCGCUGGGACACGCGGAUUAUUCGUUGGUGUGCCUGUUGACUGAGUGAUUUCGCGAUUUUCUUGCCUGUUCUUGCUUUCACGAGAGUCACGCCAAUUUAGAUCUCGAGGACGAGACGGUGGAACCGCGGACGAACGAGCUAUCAAUCAACUUUUGUCAAUCAUCAUCUUACCUUCGUUUGCGUUGAAAGGAACGAUUCGACCGCGUUCUUAGGUCUCGAAUUCUCGAUAGGAUUUCUUAUUUUAAGGGGGGAAAUAGCGAAGAGAGGCCUCGAUGAGAUGGAGCCGCUAUCAAAUAUUUCAAGUCGUACCGAGACUGUAUCGCUAUCACUAUUGACAUGCCGAUAUAACCAGGUAUACCGUAAGAGAGAAGGAACGAACAUAGAGACAAACGUACAAUUCAAUGGAGCCUAAUUUUCGAGGUGAUAAAGAGAGAGAAGUAGUGAGACGGAGAGAUCGUUCAGAGCCUCUCGUGACGAGACGACACCUUUGUAGUCGGAAAUGUAUAGGAUAUCCGUUUGUUUUUUUUCUCGAUUAGCGCGCAUACAAAGGACGGCUGAAUUUUAAAAAUACUGAAGAAAAACACACUGUACGUUGUAAGCCAGUGAGAAUUGUAGAAAUUAACUAAGUAGUAGUCGUUAAGACGAUGAGAAGCGUUGCUUAAGGGAAAAAAAGAGAAGAUGGAAGAGAAGCGCGAUCCUGUAACGAGGAACUGUUAGCGUAAAAAGAAAAAAAAAGAAACGUUAGUAGCGUCUUAGAGUCGUGUAGUAGCUCCUUUCUAAUUAAGCCUCCAGAUUUAAGUAAUGUGUAUAGUUAAAUGACAAUCACUCGACUUUCUGUAUCGACAAUUGACGAAGGGAAUCUCGGAAAAGCCGUGAUAAGCUGCCUACGCACCGAACCUCUUUCUUCGUGUUCCCUUCUUUUUCUCGGUCCCCCAUCCCUAUCCCCUGUUCCGCAACGAGACUUUCUCAUGUUCCAAUCGUGGAUUUUCCUUUUUCGAGAGAUUUUCACCGAGCUGGCGGACAACUCGGCGCGAUUUCGCAAGCUAGAAUUGUAAAUAAAAGGAGAUACGAACAUGAAGAUACGUUGAUUUCGUCUCCGGCUCGCGUCGUUAUCAUGACUUAUUUAUCGGAAAGUAUCUAUAGAUUUGUGAUCAGAUCAAUGUUUUUCCCGCAAAAUGAUUAUAAUUGUUGGAAGAACGGUUUAUGUCUUCGAGAUUUUUAUAUCGUGGCCGAUAAAAUAUACUUUUAAUAGAUUGCCUUUUAACGAUAUUUUAGCUACAUUGUUGAGUUUUUUAUUAGUUGGCACAUAAAUGAUGAGAAAUAUUACAAAAGUCGUUUGUGUACAGAUUGAAUAUUAAAAGGGAAUAUUUCGUUCGAUAAAUUGAUAAAAUUUAGAAUGUAUCAUCUCGAAAACGUUUCUCAUCCUUUUUCGCGUUCGAGAAUUUUGUGAAAAAUCUCAGGUUGUAUAUAUACUACUUCUUUAACGUCGCUCCAAGCCUUUCCGAGCAAUCUUGCCAGCUAUUUUUCGCCUGUUUGCAAAAACUUCCAAGCCUAUCGUGACAAGUGUCAACUCCGCCUUUUAGCUCUCGAACUUUCCAAAUUCCGUGCCCAGGAAGAUCCUUGGUUUUCUGCGUAUACCUUCCUUCUUUCCCUCGUCUCACAGUCGUCGUUUGCCGAUCCGAUCAACAGCUGAUGACAAUUCCGCGCGUAGAGUGUGGUUUCGAUCCGAUAAAAAAAGGUAGAAAAAGGAGAUCUCUUAUCCUUUGAUAGAUAUUUAUUCUCUAUUGUCACGGAAAUAAUAUUUGCAAAGCGCAAGCAUGGUUGAUAAAAUCCAGAAUCGUGCGGGAUCGCGUCAUCAGGAGCUCGAUCGUCGGCAAGGCGCUCUCUAAAAGCUGGUAAAUCUUUAAAAAAAAAAAAA